AGUGGGAGAGAGCGGAGAGCCGAGGGCUGAGUUCCUGGGGCUGCACAGAGCCGCCCAUCUUCAGGUCUCCGAGACCUGCGGCCACCAGGAUGCAACGGGUGCAGCCCGUGCAGGACUGCAAGCCCUGAAAGUCUGGGGGUGCCACGCGGUCCCACAGCCUGCCCAUCACACAGCCGAGAUGGGCUCAGCUCCUGGACUGGCCACAGACAGAAAGCACAGCACACUCUCGCCGGCGAGAGUCUCUGCCUGAUCCGGGCUGCGCAGGGCACAGGGGCGGAAGGCGGCGGCCAGCCUGCGGCGGGAGAUGCAGAGCACCGUCAACUACCUGUGGCAUACGGACGACCUGCUGGGGCAGGGGGCCACGGCCAGCGUGUACAAGGCCCGCAACAAGAAAUCCGGGGAGCUGGUUGCUGUGAAGGUCUUCAACACGGCCAGCUACCUGCGGCCCCGCGAGGUGCAGGUGAGGGAGUUUGAGGUCCUGCGGAAGCUGAACCAUCAGAACAUCAUCAAGCUCUUCGCGGUGGAGGAGACGGGGGCUGGCCGGCAGAAGGUGCUGGUCAUGGAGUACUGCUCGAGCGGGAGCCUGCUGAGCGUGCUGGAGAGCCCCGAGAACGCCUUCGGGCUGCCCGAGGACGAGUUCCUGGUGGUGCUGCGCUGCGUGGUGGCCGGCAUGAACCACCUGCGGGAGAACGGCAUUGUACACCGCGACAUCAAGCCUGGGAACAUCAUGCGCCUGCUGGGCGAGGAGGGCCAGAGCAUCUACAAGCUGACGGACUUCGGGGCUGCCCGCGAGCUGGAUGAUGACGAGAAGUUCGUCUCGGUCUACGGCACCGAGGAGUACCUGCACCCUGACAUGUACGAGAGGGCGGUGCUUCGCAAGCCCCAGCAGAAAGCUUUUGGGGUGACUGUGGAUCUCUGGAGCAUCGGGGUGACCCUGUACCACGCAGCCACUGGCAGCCUGCCCUUCAUCCCAUUUGGCGGGCCCCGACGCAACAAGGAGAUCAUGUACCGCAUCACCACGGAGAAGCCAGCCGGGGCCAUUGCGGGCACACAGCGGCGGGAGAACGGGCCUCUGGAGUGGAGCUACACCCUGCCCAUCACUUGCCAGCUGUCCAUGGGUCUGCAGAACCAGCUGGUGCCCAUCCUGGCCAACAUCCUGGAGGCGGAGCAGGCCAAGUGCUGGGGCUUCGACCAGUUCUUCGCGGAGACCAGCGACAUCCUGCAGCGAGGCGUGGUCCACGUCUUCUCCCUGCCCCAGGCUGUCCUGCACCACGUCUACGUCCACGCGCACAACACGACACCACCUCUACCCUUUGUCUCCCAGCCCUGGAGAGAAAAUCACCCAGUCCCUCCCUCUGAGAAGCGGAGCCUAAGUCUCAGCUGCGGCGUGGGUCACCCUCGAGCUGAUUCCUGCCUGUUUUCACCCCUCGCCUCCUCCUCUCCUGCCUGUUCCUGGUUUUCUAGGAUAGCCAUCUUCCUGGAGGCCGUGUACGAGCAGACCAGCGUGGCCCCCCAGCACCAGGAGUACCUCUUUGAGGGUCACCUGUGUGUCCUCGAGCCCGGCCUCUCUGCUCAGCACAUCGCCCACACCACAGCAAGCAGCCCCCUGACCCUGUUCAGCAUGGCCAGCGAGCCCCCCAAGGGGCUGGCCUUCAGGGACCCUGCUCUGGACAUUCCCAAGUUUGUCCCCAAAGUGGACCUGCAGGCAGAUUACAGCACAGCUAAGGGCAUCUUGGGUGCCGGCUACCAGGCCCUGCGGCUGGCACGGACUCUGCUGGGGGGACAGGAGCUGAUGGUUCGGGGGCUGCACUGGUUCGUGGAGAUGCUCCAGGCCACGUGCAGGCGGACGCUGGAGGUCACGAGGAUGGCUCUCCUCUUCCUCAGCAGCAGCCUCGGCACUGAGAGGUUUAGCGGCGUGGCCGGGGUGCCUGAGCUCCAGGAACUGAAGAGGACCACAGAGCUGAGGUCCAGGCUGCGGAAUUUGGCUGAGGUCCUCUCCAGAUGCUCCCACAAUAUCACGGAAACGCAGAAGACCCUGAGCGACCUGCGCUCUGAGCUGGUGAAGAACCGGGAUCAGGUACAUGAGGACAGAAGCAUCCAGCAGAUUCAGUGUUGUUUAGACAAGAUGUACCUCACCUACAAACAGUUCAAGAAAUCCAGAAUGAGGCCAGGGCUGGGCUACAACGAGGAGCAGAUUCACAAGCUGGAUAAGAUGAAUUUUAGUCAUUUAGCCAAAAGGCUCCUGCACGUGUUCCAGGAGGAAUGUGUGCAGAAGUACCAGGCGUCCCUGGUCACACACGGCAAGCGAAUGAGGCUGGUGCACGAGACCAGGAACCACCUGCGUCUGCUGGGCUGCUCCGUGGCCGCCUGUAACGCGGAAGCCCAGGGAGCCCAGGAGAGCCUCAGCAAGAUCCUUGACCGACUAUCUCACCAGCUCCUGCAGGACAGAACACAGGGGGCUCCGGCCUCCCCACCCCCGACAGCUCCUUAUCCCAGCUCUGCGCUGAAGGACCUGGUUCUCCACAUGCAGGAGCUCUACGGGGAGAUGAAGGUGCUGGCGUCUGACCUGCAGGACAACAACCGCAUCAUUGAAGGGCUAAGCAGGGUCCCACUGGCUCCUGACAUCUGAGCUUGGGGAUGUGCACGUGGAUCCUGAAGCAUUACUGUCGUUCAAGCACUGCCCCGCUGCCCGCACUGGGGACCCCACAGGACGGUGCCGGGUCCACCUCACCAGCCUACCUCCCUCCUGGCUGACAACCGGGAGCCACCAGCAUUACCUUCCGCGGCCUUUCCAGGGGGGCAGCGCAGCAGGCCCAGGAGCACCGGCCAGGUCCCAGGCUGACCUGCGCCCCUUCCGGGCCCGGCCCAGCCCCUCUGUCUUCCUCGCUGUGCAGCGAACCUGCCGGACCGCGGGGACCGAGGCGCCCCUCCCUCCCUCCCCCACCCCGGUUUGCACGGCUUCAGUCCUCAGGGAACAGCAGAGGGGGCCUCCCGGGGGCUCCCCAGUGUGGUGGGGCAGGCGACUCCAGCCCCAUCUUCCUUCCUCUUCAAGUGUUUCGUGUUGAACAAACAGACCUCUCCCUUCACCCAUGGCUGCUGAGGGUCACCGUCGAGGUCUCGGGCAUGACCGCCUGAUGUCCCGUUCCCUCCGGUCAGACUGAGCCUAAGCUGAGGAGCAGGGUGGUCAAGGCCGGGGCCUGUGUCUCGGGGACCUCCCCCCUCCCUCUGGGGCACCACCAGAUUUGGGGGUUCGCAGGCAGACACCAGUAGCUGUGCCAGUUAGCACCAGCCUGUGAGGCCGGAGCCCCGAGGAAGUCAAGGCCUGCAGCUUUCAGAAAUGAAAUAAACAGGACUCUUUUCUGGGUA